AUAUUGCUCAUACUGAUUUUGCAACCACAAAGAACGGACGUUUAAAAAUCUAAACUGAAAGCAUGGCUGAGUACAAUUUUCAACUACACCUGUUGAUUGUUGGACUACUCGUCACUUCAGGGGCACUAAAAUACGUAAUGGCUGAAACAGACACACAUCUUGCUCUCUACAAGCCCGUGAACCAAACUGACACCUCGGGCGAGGCAUUGGCAACCCUAGCUGUUGAUGGAAACGCAUCUACCUGUUCACAAACGACAACGGUUGAAGCGGAAUGGAUAGUCGACCUGAUGGAUUAUUACAUCCUACAGGAAGUGACGAUCCUUCCGGAAUUUUCCGCAAUAUCUCAAUGGGGGUCAGGACUUGAGGCAUUUUCCUCCGAACAGCCAGAAAAGUGGGCGCAAUUUAUCAUGCACAAAAAUGGCGGCUCUCCCUGGAUGCCUCAAGUUAACGAUACCCAGCCAUACAUAGAGGUUACCUAUCAACAAGUUGUGCAGGUUUCGGGGGUAGACAUACACGAAUUAUACCGCUCAGGCAGCGUUAAGGCCAUCACUUGCAAAGCUGACGGACGCUGGAUUACUUUAUGGAGCACAGCACCAAACAAUUCGUUGUCCUAUGGACGCAUAUUUUCCCCAGAACUGCAUAGUACUUGCAUUUCAAAUUUCAUCCGAUUGGAAUUCGAAGUUCUUGAUUAUGAAGUGGCAAUAAAGAUGCUCUUCAACUGCAUGGAAUUCCACAAGAACAAACAUUCAGAAUCCAAGGACGAACGAAAGGGUUGUACAAGAACGAGGGUAUAGUGACUGUGUCCAAAAACGAGACCGCCAGAUGGAGCCUUAUGGACCAGAGCGUGGUCAGACAGGUCACAAUACAGAAACACCCCCAACUCGAUCCCCUGAAAGUAUGCGAGGUCACGGUCACGGGGUACAAAGAAUCCAGAAUUCCACCUUUCCGCGUUGUGACUGGAAUCGGCAUGUUGAGUCAACGCAUCACUACCGUCACCAUGGUAACAUCUAAAAUCAUUUGCGCGCAAGAGUGUCUACGCCAGGUGGCGCCUGCGUGCAGGAUUGCACAAUUAGACCAAGACAAGCAAAGCUGCGCACUGUUCGAAAGUUUGGGCCACGAAAAAGACACAAUGAAUGGAAACUUCACGAUCAUUUUUAAGAACGCAUUCUACAUGUUUGAGUAAACUAGAAUAAAAAGUAUCUCGCAGCGGCAACAAAAUAGAUUAAUGUACUGUGUCUUAUCAUCUAAACGAGUGUUUAUCGGGAAUUUAUGUUUUUUAUUGUAACGUGCUUGACGGCACAUAUGUGAGAACGAUAACAUAACGAAUUUGCAUUAUGUUGGGUGUAUUAAUUGUGUGGAUCGUGGAUUUAACUUUUAACUUCAAUAUCUUCUCGCUUUUUUGCUAAAUUUCCCAUUUUCAUCGAAAGAAAGAAACAAUCAAUGUCAAUCAUGACUGUCUUUUGUUUAGACAUUUCCGUGUUAACAUUUUUUUCACGUAAUAAUUGUGA